GUUUAUUCUGAUUUCAAGCUAUCUCUAACAUCAACAUGACAUAAAUAUAUACAAUUCAAGAGUAGAAACUGUGCUGAGUGCCAUCGUGAUGUUUCGCUUACACACACUCCUCUUUAUUGUGCUGUCAUGUUCCGUGCAAAAAGCACUUGGAGGGGAAAUUAUUAACGGAAAAGAAGUCCCGCCAAAAUCAUUGCAGUACAUGGCAUCUGUGCAAAACGACGGGAAACAUUUCUGUGGCGGAUUUCUAAUCAAGAAGGACAUUGUACUUACUGCUGCCCACUGUGACAAAAAAACGAAGACCAAUGUGACAGUAGUUCUCGGAACCAAUGACCUCCGCAAGGACAAGAAGAGAACAAUGAGAUACAACGUCGAAAAAUGUAAACAUCCUGGCUUUAUAAACGUUUUGUCUGGGAAUGACAUAAUGGUGCUCAAACUGUCAAGAUCAUCAAAAAUGAAACCAAUUAAACUUCCAAAAAAUAAUACGAAGAUCAAAAAUAACACCCCAUGCCUUGUAGCCGGAUGGGGUUACAACAAAACCAGGGGCUCUACUGUUGAUAAACUCAGAGAGGUCGAUGUGGCUAACAUUGACCGGAGGAAAUGUCAGCUUGAAUGGGCCAAGGUUAAAAAAACUCUCCCAGCAAACAUUAUCUGCGCAGGUGGAUAUAAGACAAAGAAAGGUGCUUGUCAGGGGGACUCUGGAGGACCUCUGGUGUGCAACAAGAUGGCUGUUGGAAUUGUCUCGUUUAACUUGUACGACAACUGUGACUACCCAAAUGUACCUAACGUCUAUACUGACAUAAUAAAGUUUCUGCCGUGGAUUAAUGACCCAAAGAGAAAAUGCAAUAUUGAUUAGUGUGUAUUUUUAUAUAUUCAAGCAAAAUGUGCAAUGCUGCGUUUUGCAGAUUGUUUAAAGAUGUAGACCGUUGCAUUAUAUUCCAGUUGUAUCAGGCAGUGCUUCUUAACAAUAAUCAAUAA